GUUUGGUAAAGCUACCACUUCGACUCUUAUUCGUAUGAGGCUGGGCCAUGCAUGCAUUCCCUUGCAUCUGGCAAGGCUUAACCUUUUGCCUAGUGAUAUAUGUGAGUGUGGCAAUGACGUUGGGGAUUUUAAUCAUAUAUUCUUUGCCUGUCCUCGACAUGACCGUUCCGCUUUUAUUUCCUCGCUUUUGUACAUUAAAAUUCCUUUUCCUACUUCAAUUUCUGUCCUUUUAUCUAAUAUAAAUAUUGAUGUAUAUAGAAUUUUAGCUAGUUUUAUUUUUCUUAACGAUAUAAAAUUAUAACCAUUUAUGUACUUAUAUACUAAAUUUACCUGAUCCUUUUCCAAAUUCCGUUCCAAUUCUCAAUCCAAUGACACACUUCCUCACCUUUUUGUAUGGCUGACGCACAAACCGUGCAGGCCAAUAAAUGGCGCAAAAAAAAAAAAAAAACAUUAUAACGUUCCUUUCGCAUUAAGUUAAAUUAAUAAAAAUAUAAUUAUAAGUUACGAAUUCCUAGCGCAUAGCCCUCGGAAAAGUGUUCUGUGGCAUAGCCGCAUAGGUAGUUCGCGGACUUUGAGACGCUAAAUAGAAGUAACACAUUACCUAUUAUUUAUUAAUGAUAUUGAAUAGAAUAUUCGAAAGAAAAAAGUGAUGUUUCACCAGGCGUGUUUUAAGCGUUUCGCAAGAUCUUACCAAAUAAUAAAGUUUGCAACAGAAGCAAAUAAGUCAUUUCACUUAGUAUGUUCUGAAACACCAAAUUAUUUCAAAUCGAAUUUAUGCGCUUUUAGCACUGCGCAAAUAAAACGAUUAUAUACGGAAAAAGCGAAAUUGGAAGAAGUUAUUGUUGAUUUUGACCAUGUUAAACAAUUAGUAAAUAACAAAAAUACCCUCAUAAUUGAUGUUAGAGAGCCUGAAGAGGUCAAAGAGCAUGGGAAAAUUCCCAACAGUAUAAAUAUUCCCUUGGGGACUGUGUCAUCUGUUUUAAGUUCAAUGUCUGAUACAGAAUUCUCCAAAUCUUAUGGUAGAACCAAGCCAUCAGAAAACACGGAGAUAAUAUUUUAUUGUAUGAUUGGAAAACGAUCAGGAAUGGCACAACAGAAUGCAUUUAACUUAGGUUAUAAAAAUGUGAAAAAUUAUCUUGGAAGUUGGACUGAUUGGAAAAACAAAUCUAAAUAAUAGAAUAUUGUGCAAGUUAGCAACACAUAAUAUUAUGUUAUGUAGUAAAUGUGGAGGUUCCAUAUUUAACUUGUUGAAGUAUGAAUUAGACCACACUUUCAUUUUUCAAAGGAGUAGCUGUUAUUUUAUUUGACAUAAAUUUCAUUUAAUUAUAUAAUACUAUUUCUUAAAACUAAAUUUUGAGGGUUAGAAAACUAUGGCCGAUGUUUACUCUGUUACUAAGACUCCACUGUCAAUUGGACUGUCCAUAUAUCAAGAGGCUGUAUUUCAUAAACUACAAUAACUAAAAGAAUAAAGCUGAAAUUUUAGCAGAGUAAUUUAAUAUUGCUGCUAUAACUAAUAAUGAAAAACCAUGAUGGUGAAAAAAUAAAUAAGAAAAAAUAAAAAACAUACCAAAAUGCCCCAACAAUGUAAAUAAAAAAGUUGUACUUAAAAGUAUAAUAUAAUCGUAAAUAAUCUAAUGUGAUGGUACUGAAUACUUUGUCUCAAUAUGAUAUUUGUGCAGAGAUAAUUUGUUCAAGACUUGCAGCAAUUUCUGAUUAUCCCCAAAACUAAGCAUACAUUACACAUACAUACAUUUUUGAGUUGCAGUUUUAGAAGAAUGUUUCAUGCAUUAAUAAUAAUAAAUAUAAUUACAUAUAAUACAUCACACUAAUAAAUAUAAUUUCCUUAAUGAAGAAUUUAAAAUAAAAUAAUUAUUAUUUGAAACACAUAAAAAAUAAAACAUACUUCCUUAACAAUACUAUAAUAAUUUAUUAUUUCAUAAGUUAUUUAAUUCUAUUAGACCAUUCAUUCCAACUGCCCAAAUAUGUCUUAGACCUGAAACAAAAAAGAUUAUAGCAAUCAAUUUGACUGAGAAUGACAAAUUCAUAAUAAUAUAAUGAUUAACUCAUAAUUUAGCAGAAUAUAUAUUUUAUACUCCAAAAUAUAACUCAGGCAGGCAGGAAUAGUUCAGUAUAGUGAUGGGUAGGACACGAUUUGAAAAUGAGUUUGUAAGAGUAGCCUCUUUUUUGCACUGAGGCAGUACAAUGUCCUACUUCAAAUGAGGCGAGGCGACACUUUUGAAGUUACGAGUAUAAAUAUGACAUUUGAUGUUAUUGCAGUCGGAACAAACAACAUAGUAAUGUUAUUAUGUAGGUAAAUAAAAAAAAUAAAAUUUUAAGUAUAGGUAAAUAUAUAAUAAAAAUUUUAUUUAAUAAA